GAUCAAAGAUGAUGAAGAAGAGACAGUCUUUCGAGAGGUGGUCAGUUUUUCCCCGGACCCCCUGCCAGUUAGAUAUUAUGACAAGGACACCACCAAACCUGUCAGCUUUUACUUGUCUUCGCUGGAGGAACUCUUGGCGUGGACACCCUGCAUGGAGGAUGGCUUUAACGUGGCCCUGGAGCCCCUGGCGUGUCGCCAGCCCCCUCUGAGCAGCCAGAGGCCCCGGACUUUGUUGUGUCAUGACAUGAUGGGGGGGUAUCUGGAUGACAG